CUCUCUUUUUCAAACCUUUCAACUCCAAUCCUGUUACGCGUUCACACUUCUCUCGCACAUUUCAUCGAACAUAUAAAGUGCACGCCUUCUUACCCAUCUCUAUUUUUCCUGUCUUCUUUCUCUGUCCACAAUUUCAAUUUCUCUAACUAAAAUCCACUCAAUUACCCCUAUUUGGAAACUACCCAGAUUGAAUUUGCUCAUAAUUUUGCCAAUUCAGCUCAUCUUCCUCAAUUUCCAGCACCAAUUUGAAGUCAUCCUGGAGAAAGCUUCAGAUGCUACUACUUCGUAUAUAAAUUAUCUAGUUGCAGAAAUGAAUGAUGGUGGUAAUAAUCAAAGCAAUGGUGGGAGGAGGAGGAGAAAGAAAAAUGGGAAUGGGGUAGAUGGAAAUGUUAAUUGUGAAGAAAAACAGGAAAUUAUUGACAACAAAGAUUCAAAGGAAAUGAUGAUCACAUCAUAUUUAUUAUUAGAAGACCAAGAGAAGCAUGAGAAAGUAGAAUGGGAAGAACUUGCCCACCAAGAGAAAACCGAUUUCGAAUCCAAUCACAAGAAGAAAACACAAGCUAUGUUAGAUUACUACUCAACUGUGCAAAAUCACUACGAGGGUUUAGAUGAAACUGAUAAAAUAAAGAGAAAACGGUCAAGGGCAGCUGUAAAUUCUGCCAUUGUUGUUGCUUCUACUGACAUUGUUGAUAAAAGUGUUAAUCUUGAAGCUAACAGUAAGCAAUCUGGUGGUGGUGGUGCAUCAGUGAGCCAUCAGCGUCGUUUAUGGGUGAAAGAUAGGUCUAAAGAUUGGUGGGAUAAGUGUAAUAGCCCUGAUUUUCCAGAAAAUGAGUUUAAGAAAUGGUUUAGAAUGGGGAAAGGAACAUUUGAGUUGAUUUGUGAUGAGUUAAAGGUUGCUGUUGCGAAGGAGAACACGAUGUUGAGAGCAGCAAUUCCGGUUGAUCAACGAGUUGCUGUGUGUAUAUAUAGAUUAGCAACUGGUGAGCCACUUAGGCUAGUUUCUAAACGAUUUGGGUUAGGAAUUUCAACUUGUCAUAAGAUUGUUCUUGAUGUUUGUGCUGCAAUUAGGUCUGUUUUAAUGCCAAAGUAUCUCCAAUGGCCUGAUGAAGAAUCAUUGAGGCAGAUUAAGGAUGAGUUUGAAACAAUGUCUGGAAUCCCAAAUGUGGUUGGUUCAAUGUACACAACUCAUAUACCGAUAAUUGCACCGAAGAUUAGUGUGGCGGCUUAUUUCAAUAAGCGCCACACGGAGAGGAAUCAGAAGACUUCUUACUCGAUUACAGUACAGGGUGUGGUUGAUCCAAGAGGGGUUUUCAAUGAUGUGUGUAUAGGUUGGCCUGGUUCAAUGCCAGAUGAUAAAGUUCUGGAAAAAUCAGCAUUGUAUCAGAGGGGUAAUCAGGGUCUUUUAAAGGGUGUUUGGAUUGUUGGAGGUGGUGGUUACCCUUUAAUGGAUUGGAUUCUUGUUCCCUAUAAUCAACAGAACUUAACAUGGACUCAACAUGCUUUUAAUGAGAAGAUUGGUGAUGUUCAAACAGUUGGGAAGGAUGCUUUUGCAAGGUUGAAAGGAAGAUGGAGUUGUUUACAGAAGAGAACAGAGGUGAAACUUCAGGAAUUACCUGUUGUUCUUGGUGCUUGUUGUGUGUUGCAUAAUAUAUGUGAAAUGAGAGGGGAAGAGUUGGAUCCCGAGCUGGUUUUCGAGCUUUUCGAUGAUGAAAUGGUUCCCGAGUCGCCGUUGCAGUCGAUUAGUUCUAUGAAAGCUAGGGAUUCAAUUGCUCAUAAUUUGUUGCAUCAUGGUCUUGCAGGGACUGGGUUUCUGUGAUUAGGAAAAACUGUUAAUUUGUAGGUUCUGUUGUAAAAAAAAGAGCUCCAUAUUUUCACUCUUUGAGAAAAGAUUAGUGAUUUUUGGAGUGCAUAGGCCAAAAAUAUGUAAUUUACAUAGCAAAAUAGGAAUAGAAUACUUUUGGUUCAUACUUUUGAAUUGCACUUGAUGUAAAACUUCAGAUUGACCUUCAAUUUGUAUCAUUCUUUUACAUAAUUUGAAGAUUUUUAAACAAUUUUGCUGAAA